AGAUCUUUCCAGUAAUGCAAUCGUGAAAAUUGAAAAUGGAUCGUUUGCAAAUCUUCCAAACUUAGGUGAAUUAAAACUAGCCAAUAAUAAAAUCGCGAUUAUUGAACAUGGAUUGUUCGAAGAUCUCACCAAUCUAUAUAAGUUAAAUCUAGCCAAUAAUAAAAUCGCGAUUAUUGAACAUGGAUCGUUCGAGGGUCUCACCAAUUUAGAGAGGGUUGACCUCAGAAACAAUACAGACAUGAUGUGUGGAUGUCAACUUCCAGCUAUGUUAAAUUAUAUAAACAAUACAUACAACAGAACUGUGAAAAUUCAGGGCAAGUGUCACACAAAUUUAGGCUCUAAAGAUAAAUUAAUAUCUAUAAGGAAAUAUUCACAAUGUAAAGGAAAGACUUUAUUUCAAAAGAAUUUGCAGUGUCAAACAUGUUCAGGGAUGAUUUGCGAUCAUUCGCAAAUGAGAAGUUGUCCAGGACUACUGCCUCUCUGCCAAUAUGGGCUAUCAGUGGAUGGCAGUACAUUGAAGUUUCAAAGAUCCUGCAGCACAUACAACAACUGCCUUGAAGCUUUCAGAAACAAUUCCCUUACAUGCAAAAAUUGGUCCAAUGGCACUGCUUGUGUUGCUUGUUGCAGAGACAACUUAUGCAAUAAGAAUGAUUUCCCUGGUUGGACGCAUUCCUUUGAACUUCAUCUGAUUUUUACCGUGGACGCAUAUUCGACUUUUAAGAAGUUAACUGAAAAUGUAAACACCACAGAAAACGUAUCUAGAGCU